UUUUUUUUCCCUUUUUUGCUUUUUUAGCCAUUCAUAAGACACCCAUUACUUUUAUUCAUCAAGCAGUAGUCGAAAGCUAUUUGUGUUAUCAACAAUUGCGGUUUGAUAUACAACGAAAUUAACUUUACGACAAUCUCAUGUCAAUGUGCAUCAAUACAAUACAAAUUAUGGAUAGACAGCCUGUAACCAGUGUCUUUUAUGAAAACCGGAGAAGUUCGGGCACCAUACCGAACUUUACUCCCAAUUUUUAUAACCCUUUUGAAGUGAAGCAUCGUAGAAGAACUUCGCGCGAACAGACUAGGAUAUUAGAAAAGGCGUUCAAUGAUAAUCCAAAGCCCAACGGGAAAUCAAGAGAGCGAUUAGCACAGCUCUUGUCGAUGAGCCCUCGCGGUGUUCAAAUAUGGUUUCAAAACAGACGAGCAAAAGCAAAGAGUAAGCAGCAGCAGGACAGGAAGCAAGGCGCCAUCAAACAGUCUGAUGACACGAGCAAUGAUGGCUUGUUCAAUACUUUUGAAAACUUUACAGCUACAGUCAGUAGUGAUGAAGUCUUAUCUACUCCUAUGGUCUAUAGUCACUCGCAGUCUUCUUUAUCAUCUUUUGCAGAAUCACUUGCUAGUUAUGAUCAGGCCCAGCUUUCUAUUCAUUCGCCCACACUUGAUGCAAAUGCCCGAAAGGAUUCAUCUGAUGACAUCAAGAAGAAUAGCUGUACUGAUUAUAGGUCGCAUGGACAACAGUGGGAUGACAACGUGUCUUUUGUAACUGAAGAGAAAGCCAAGAGCAAGCAUGCCUUUUCGGUGCCAUCUUUUGUUACCUCUGAUGAAUUGGCAUGCCAUUCUGCUCAACUAACAAGUGCCGAUCAAGAUUGGUGGGUGAGCAGUCUUCCUCUGAGUUAUCAAAACAUAUAUGAUGCGCCUUUAUUAGGUAAUAGCAGUGACAUCAAAAACGCAGUAAAUGAAUCCAUAACCUCUGCUACCAUGACUACACCUUUCCUUGGACACUCACCACCAGUAAUGGCAAACAGCUUUGAUGCAGUAGAUCAACUAAACGCAUGGCCUAUUGAACCUGCUGAUGAUAGAUGCAAAUUCACAUUUGAUAAUGAGCAGGCUAAAGCUGCAAAAAGGUUCAACACAAGUCGGAUAGAUAUUGUGAAUAAAGAUAUGGAUACAGCUGAGUGGAUUCAGACGGUUCCAUUAUCAUUUACAGAGAACAAAACAAGUUAUUUCUUUAACAAUGAUAGUCAUAAUAGCAAUAGCAAGCAUCCUUUUUUAUUACAACAAGAGAGCGACUUUUAUUAUAAAGAAGAUCAACAAAUCAUGUCAUAUCCACUGCAUCCAACUAUACUCUCUUAUCCUUUAGCAUUAAGCUUGUAAUAUUGAUUAAUCUUAUGCCCAUUCCUUUUUUUAUACUCUAUGCACCCAAAAUAUGCUUUUUAAGUUUGUAUACGCAAUUUGGCCAUUGAAAUGUAAUCUAUGUAACUAUGCCCUCCUCUUAACCUAUUUGUACAGUUAUCAAUUACCACCAUUACUAUUUAUUAGUUUCUUCAUUCUAUACUUAGCCAUUUAAUAAACUAAAUUAACUUAUAAUAUUCUUUCUUUUAUAUCUAAUUUUUACACUAUUUAACACUUUCACAAUAUCAUUCAAUGAAAGUGAAUUUUAAAACAACUAGAAACAGAGACUUUU